AUGGUUUGCUCCAGUGGCUCGGGUGGAGUGUUGUCAAUGAGCGACACUGUCAGCGGCAGCCCAGGUUCAACAGUACGUGACAUUCUGCUUGAUAAGCAUCCCCAGCCUGCUGUACCUCCGGAUGACGCUCUCUUGCAGGGGCAUGACGCGGCUACCCCUCAAGAUCCGAUCCUUUUUGCCAGGCUCACAGGAGCGCUGAUCAAGCAGAUAAGUCGUCAAAUGUCCGGAGCGGCCGGUCCAUCGGGCCUGGACUCUGAUGCGUGGAAACGCAUGUUGACCUGCUUCGCUGCAGCGUCUGACCAGCUCUGUGCGGCAAUGGCAGAAGCAGGAAAACGCUUAUGCACCCAGGAAGUCCCACCAGAAGAGCUAAGUUCGUUCACUGCGGCCCGCCUCAUCCCACUGGACAAGCAACCGGGGGUGCGCCCUAUCGCUGUUGGGGAGGUUUUCCGGAGACUAAUAGGCAAAGCUGUGAUGAAGAUAAUUCAGUAUGACGCCAUGCACGCCACAGCCCCUCGUCAACUCUGUGUUGGUGUUCCGUCUGGGUGUGAAGCUGCCGUGCAUACGAUGACCGACAUGCUUGUCUCGCCGGAGGUGGAGGGUGUGCUCUUGGUCGAUGCCACCAACGCUUUCAACGCUAUGAACCGCACAGCAGCCCUACACAACGUGCCACUCGUCUGCCCUGCCCUGGGGCAGGUGUUCAAGAACACCUACAGCAGUCCAUGCCGCCCCUACAGCAGUCCAUGCCGCCUGUUUGUGUCGGGUGGUGGAGAGAUAAGGAGUCAGGAGGGUACCUGCCAAGGUGAUCCUCUCGCCAUGGCGAUAUACGCGGUCGCCAUGAUGCCAUUGAUAGACAAGCUGUCAGAGUGCUGCCCCGACGUGGUGCAGCUAUGGUAUGCUGAUGACGAUGCUGGUGGCGGACAGCUCCUCAAUCUAAGGCAGUACUGGGAUGGGAUUCUGGAGCAUGGCCCUGGGUAUGGGUACUACCCUAACGCGAACAAGACAACACUAAUUGUCAAGGAGCAGCAUUCGGCCCUGGCACUCCAGCUUUUCAGGGACACGGGCAUUCGUGUUGUGACCGAGGGUGCUCGUUAUCUUGGCGGCGCACUCGGUACAACGGUCUUCUGUGAGGAGUAUAUCACAGAUUUGAUCGACAAGUGGACGCUGCAGGUUGAUCGCCUGGCGGAGGUGGCCACCACUCAGCCACAUGCUGCGUACGAGGUGUUUGUAAAGGGCCUCGUGUCCAAGUGGCGCUACCACUUGCGCGUCCUAUCUUGCCCUGCGCAUCUUCUGGCCCGUCUCGACGCCGCCAUUACGGACAAGCUGCUGCCAGCGCUCAGCGGCCAUUCGUGUUCGGACGAGUCGGCACUGAGAAAGUUGCUAUCGCUACCAGCGCGGUUUGGUGGCAUGGCAAUCCCUGUGCCCUCGGUGGAGGCCGAGAAAGAGUUUUCUGCAUCCAGACAGAUUGUGGCUCCUAGUAGUAGUAGUAGUAGUAGUAGUAGUAGUAGUAGUAGUAGUAGUAGUAGUAGUAGUAGUAGUAGUAGUAGUAGUAGUAGUAGUAGUAGUAGUAGUAGUAGUAGUAGUAGUAGUAGUAGUAGUAGUAGUAGUAGUAGUAGUAGUAGUAGUAGUAGUAGUAGUAGUAGUAGUAGUAGUAGUAGUAGUAGUAGUAGUAGUAGUAGUAGUAGUAGUAGUAGUAGUAGUAGUAGUAGUAGUAGUAGUAGUAGUAGUAGUAGUAGUAGUAGUAGUAGUAGUAGUAGUAGUAGUAGUAGUAGUAGUAGUAGUAGUAGUAGUAGUAGUAGUAGUAGUAGUAGUAGUAGUAGUAGUAGUAGUAGUAGUAGUAGUAGUAGUAGUAGUAGUAGUAGUAGUAGUAGUAGUAGUAGUAGUAGUAGUAGUAGUAGUAGUAGUAGUAGUAGUAGUAGUAGUAGUAGUAGUAGUAGUAGUAGUAGUAGUAGUAGUAGUAGUAGUAGUAGUAGUAGUAGUAGUAGUAGUAGUAGUAGUAGUAGUAGUAGUAGUAGUAGUAGUAGUAGUAGUAGUAGUAGUAGUAGUAGUAGUAGUAGUAGUAGUAGUAGUAGUAGUAGUAGUAGUAGUAGUAGUAGUAGUAGUAGUAGUAGUAGUAGUAGUAGUAGUAGUAGUAGUAGUAGUAGUAGUAGUAGUAGUAGUAGUAGUAGUAGUAGUAGUAGUAGUAGUAGUAGUAGUAGUAGUAGUAGUAGUAGUAGUAGUAGUAGUAGUAGUAGUAGUAGUAGUAGUAGUAGUAGUAGUAGUAGUAGUAGUAGUAGUAGUAGUAGUAGUAGUAGUAGUAGUAGUAGUAGUAGUAGUAGUAGUAGUAGUAGUAGUAGUAGUAGUAGUAGUAGUAGUAGUAGUAGUAGUAGUAGUAGUAGUAGUAGUAGUAGUAGUAGUAGUAGUAGUAGUAGUAGUAGUAGUAGUAGUAGUAGUAGUAGUAGUAGUAGUAGUAGUAGUAGUAGUAGUAGUAGUAGUAGUAGUAGUAGUAGUAGUAGUAGUAGUAGUAGUAGUAGUAGUAGUAGUAGUAGUAGUAGUAGUAGUAGUAGUAGUAGUAGUAGUAGUAGUAGUAGUAGUAGUAGUAGUAGUAGUAGUAGUAGUAGUAGUAGUAGUAGUAGUAGUAGUAGUAGUAGUAGUAGUAGUAGUAGUAGUAGUAGUAGUAGUAGUAGUAGUAGUAGUAGUAGUAGUAGUAGUAGUAGUAGUAGUAGUAGUAGUAGUAGUAGUAGUAGUAGUAGUAGUAGUAGUAGUAGUAGUAGUAGUAGUAGUAGUAGUAGUAGUAGUAGUAGUAGUAGUAGUAGUAGUAGUAGUAGUAGUAGUAGUAGUAGUAGUAGUAGUAGUAGUAGUAGUAGUAGUAGUAGUAGUAGUAGUAGUAGUAGUAGUAGUAGUAGUAGUAGUAGUAGUAGUAGUAGUAGUAGUAGUAGUAGUAGUAGUAGUAGUAGUAGUAGUAGUAGUAGUAGUAGUAGUAGUAGUAGUAGUAGUAGUAGUAGUAGUAGUAGUAGUAGUAGUAGUAGUAGUAGUAGUAGUAGUAGUAGUAGUAGUAGUAGUAGUAGUAGUAGUAGUAGUAGUAGUAGUAGUAGUAGUAGUAGUAGUAGUAGUAGUAGUAGUAGUAGUAGUAGUAGUAGUAGUAGUAGUAGUAGUAGUAGUAGUAGUAGUAGUAGUAGUAGUAGUAGUAGUAGUAGUAGUAGUAGUAGUAGUAGUAGUAGUAGUAGU